GCCAAAGCCUGUGCCAAAGAAAGGUCUGAAAAUGGGAGUAAACGAUAGCGACAGUCGGAAGGAUUCCAUUACAUCAUCGACGUCCUCGUCACAUUUGGACCUGGAGUUGUUGCAGCGAUUGUUUGUUAAAUUUGAACCAGAUUUAACCAUCGACUCAUACGAGGAAGCACAAGGAUCAGGUCGUGGCGAUAACUACACGGCCGCACUGUUCCGCAUUGCGCUAAAAGGUCAUACGCAACCGAAAGGUAGUUCGAAAAAGUUAAAAUGGGAAAAGAGCAUUAUCUGCAAACGGCUGCCCGAUUGCAAGAUCAAGCGGGAAGCGUUCAAAAGUGAAGCCCUGUUCCGCAAUGAGGUUGUAUUCUACAACACCAUCAUGCCCGAGUACAUCGAGUUCCAGCGUGGCCAGCUCCAGGGGACAGUAUGUAGUGCGGGAAAGAAGCUCGAGAAAGAUCCCGCAGACACAACAGACCCCGAAGCAAGAUGUUCCGAUGCGAAGGAGCAUCGCAUUUUUAAGGCAAUUCCACAAUGCUAUUUGGCACGUGACGAUUUGAUCGUGCUUGAGGAUCUACGGGUGCGUUCGUUUACGAUGCCCGAUCGUCAGGCAGGAUUGGGCCCGAAGCAACUGGAAGCGGUACUGGUAGAGUUGGCAAAGUUCCACGCGGUUAGUCUCGCCUACAAGCAGCGUCAUCCGAUGGAGUUCCAAAAGCUCGCCAAUUCGUUAGAAGAGGGUAUAUUCUCGCAAGCUAAUGCCGAAUGGUAUCGCAAGUACUACGACGUCUUGACGCGCAACGCCAUUCAGAUGGUGCGACAGACGGUGCCGGAGAAGAAGGAACAUUUGGCGAAGCUGGAAGGAUUUCUAAGCAACUGUUUCGGACAUCUGGUAGAGUUGGUGAACCGCAAGAGUGAACUUUCGGUCAUUUGCCACGGCGAUUGUUGGACCAAUAAUAUACUGUUCCGGUACGCGGAUGAUGGCGCAAUAGCUGAGACAUGUUUGGUGGACUUUCAGCUUAUUCGUCACGGCUCACUGGCACUCGAUUUAGCCUAUUUGAUCUAUUGCUGUACCGACGGUUCGCUGCGCAAGAAGAAUCUGCAAAACUGGCUCCAGACGUAUCAUCAGCAGCUGGUACAAUCGCUCCGGUUCCUUCUCGGUGAUUCGUUUGACGAUGUUUUUGGGUCGGAAAAACGGCUAUGGGAGCUCAUCAACGAUGACUUUAAAGUGUGUGCCCGCUUUGGGCUAGGUACAGCGAUGGACAUGCUUCCAAUAAGCACCUGCUCCUCGGAGGAGGCACCGGAUCUGUAUGCCAGCGGGACUGAUACGGCGACAACGCCUCCCGAACUGAACGUUCCGCCGAAUGAACUGUGUCGACAAAAGAUGACCAUGCUGGUGCUAGAGCUGAUUGAUGGUGGAAUGCUCUAGACUGUACCUUGGAACUUUGGAACAUCCAUGCUGUUUACUAGCGAGACCUGAGGGCGUUCGGGUGAGCUC